AUCAUUUUAGUUUUAAUAUUCAUGAUUUUUGAGACAUGUACCUCAGAUAAAUAUUUUAAGAAAACAAUUUAUACAGCACAUUUAAACUGGAUUUUAAAAACUACUUCUGAAUAGCUGAAUGUGUCCAGCCAUAUGUUUUUCUUCUACACAGUAUAGAUCAAAUUUGAUUGGAGCUAUUUCAUUUUAUUUCUGGUUGACAAAUACAAUUAGUAGGCCUAUGAUGUCUUAAUAAUUGUUGAGACAAGCUUCAGAUGUUACCCAGCCAUUUAGUUUUCACAGCCUUUUGAGAAGUAAAUUCAGAAUUGCUGUCUGGGGUUAUAAAUGUAAAAACUUUUUCACAUUGCAGUGAGUGGAGCAAGGCGAAAUAAACACUGCAGUAGACUUUUUUAGCCCUUUGGAUGUGAAUGAAAGUGCAGAAUUCCUUGUUUUCAGUACAAAUUGGAACAUGUGCAUCUGCUUCCACAGACUCACCAUAUAGACUCAACUGAUCUCUGAGGAGCACUGCAUACUAUUAAGUUACUCCUGCAGAGCACACAAAAGUCUAACAGCCUGACAAUAAAAAGAAAUCACUUUAAUCCCAAUUUCAGACAAUGGGCAAGUCAGCAGAGCCUGAGGAUCUUUAACAUACAGAACUGCAGUGGGAAAUGAGAAGAUGCCUUGCACUGUUCUAAACUCAAAAUUAACUCUAAAUGUGAAUUUAUAUAAACAGAUGUGGAUGUUUCAGAAUUUUUCAACUAAAAUGAAUUUACAUGUUUAGCCACUGGGGAAAUCUGGCAUUAAGCAGAGUCGAUUGUGUAGAUUUUGUGAGAAAGAGGACAAGAAAUCAUUUCAUUUGUUCUGGUAUUGUAGAGAAGUAGAACUGUUUUGGAUGGAAGCUGAAAAGCAGGUUUCUUCCCACAGCACAAGCUUCUAUAGUUGUCAUUUCAGUAUUAUGUUAGGAUUUAAGAGAAAAUAAGGAAGGAUAAAUUCUGUACAAUAUUGUCAUUAUGAUGGAAAAAUACUUUAUAAUUAAAAGUAUACAGCGACAACAACUAAAUAUAAAACAUUUUGAAAAGUACUUCAAGCUCCAGUUUUUUCUAGAAAGGCUACAACUGAAAAAAUAAUUUAAUAUUUAAAUUGUGAAGGUGGGUGGAAUCUUGAGUUGAUAUUUACAUAGAGGUGUGCCCAUAUCUAAUUGUUAAUAUAAAUAAAUGAAAUAUAUUUGUGCACAUCUAAUACAUGCAUUUAGAGGUGACUAUGUGUUGCUGUAAAUAUACUGUACCUUUAGGAGAUAUCUGUGGUAUUACUGUACCUUUUGGCCCGAGAAAAAGUGACCCUCUGGUUUUCUCCCUCAACAAACAAUAAGAUAAUUGUCUUCUUUUUGUUUCUUUUGGAUACUGUAUUUGUUUUUUCCUUUUAUUUAUUAUUUAUUUUUUUUUAUGUUUUUCUCUUCUGUGUGGUUAGCUUGUUUGUAUGUUUCUAUUCCUUAUUGCAUAGUACAAUUUUGUCAGAAAAAAAAAACUUUAAAUCAGACACAAAGCUGAGGAAUAAUAUCACCGUUACCAGUUCAAAUGACCUGUUGAAGAGGAAAGGUAUAAUAAAGUAGUCAUUCCAGUCCACGUGGAAAAUUUUCUUUCUUCAGCAUGACACAGUGUGAUUGUAACGUCUUUAAACCACAAGCAGUAUGAUAAGCAUUAUGCAUUUGCUCACCUCCUUUCAAUCUGCACAUUGAAACACAUGCUGUACGGUUUUUCCCAGCCUGCAAUAAAGCCAAGGUCAGAUUUUGAGUCAUUAGACUGCCUUUCACUGUGUGCAUAAAUCACUGUGGUUCAUAAGGAAGUAUACCUGUUAAUAGGUCUUUAAUGGCCCUUUAGAAGUCAUGCGGCUAUUAAGAAGUGCCUCCAGCAUGUUCCUGUAAUUCAUAGUCUCAUAUUAACUCUCAUUUUCCUCAUGAAUAUGGCCAUUUCUUCUGUGCUAAUCAACCCGUCAACUUUCCCUCAACACUUUGUGGCAAAGAGAAUCAUUAUAAAACAUUUCAGUUAUUCACUGUAACUCUAAUGGCUCUUGUUACUGCAUUGGCUUUGCUGAUUAUAUCCUAUCCUAUUUUUUAAGCAUCUGUUAUGAAUUAAUAUCUUUCUAUCAUCCCAGAUUAGUUUAAUCUUUUUCACUGCAGUGAUGUAUAUUAUACAGGGUCUGUUAGCUGCAAUUUUCCUGAUUGGUUAUAUGAACCUUUUUCUAAUGGAAACUUCCAUGUUGAUAUUUCUUGGCAAUUCAUUUGAAGAACAGCAUAGAUAUGUGUAAAUGCUACCCACAGGACAACAUGUGCUGUAGCUCUGUACUUCAGACAAUAAUAUUAGUAAUCAGUUCUCCAACUCACCUUUAUCACUUCUUUGGCUUUUAUGACUUAUGAGUUAAUCGUUAAGCAAUGCCUCUCUGUCCCCUAGGAUGGAGCAAGGACAUAUGUGAAACCCCUUGUUCAGUUUUCUGAGGGUUGAUCCUGAGAGUUAUCCAAUAGCUGGCCGUCAGUAUAUAGCCCAGGGAUGCAGGGUAUAAAGGUAGGCCACCUGAGAGAAACGGCACUUACAGAAAAGAAGCUACGAGCAGCUGACGUGACCUUAGUAAAUUUAAUCCAGACCUAGUUUAUACAUCAAUAAACGAGGGUAACAGCACCAGUUGAUGCAGUGCUCUGCUCUUUUAAAACACUGCUGAAUAAGUGAAGACUUAGGACCUACAUUACUGUUUGAUCUUUGGCUGUUUAAAUCUGAGAAUCUCUAUUUCUGAUGGAGAGGUUCAAGUCUAUUGGAGGGGAGCAUGUUAACCCAGCUUAUAAUUCCACUCUGGACGAACCUCCGGUAUAUGAGGAGAGCAACUUCUCUAAUGGAGAACACCGGACAGUUCGGCCCUCGGUGGUCAGUGCCUUUGGUCAUGACACGUUGGACCGAAUGCCCAAUAUUGACUUCUAUCGCAAUGAAGGCAGUGUGAGCGGGCACCGAGCUGUGCGACCGUCCCUGCAGGAGCUCCACGAUGUGUUUCAGAAGGUAAGAAAUGGAGCGAUCUCUGACACCAUGCAGGACGACAAGCUGGGGAGCGAUGGGAUCCCUUCUGAUGAUAUUGAGUCUGUCCUUCCUACUGACAGUGGGGAAGGAACUGUAAAGUUUGGCUGGAUAAGGGGUGUCCUGGUGAGAUGCAUGCUGAACAUCUGGGGUGUCAUGUUGUUCAUCCGUCUGUCCUGGGUUUUUGGUCAGGCAGGCUGGGGUCUGGGAAUUGUGAUCAUUGCUCUGAGCUGUGUGGUCACCACCGUUACUGGCCUUUCCAUGUCUGCCAUUUGCACUAAUGGUGUGGUGAGAGGAGGAGGAGCCUACUACUUGAUAUCUCGCAGUCUGGGGCCAGAGUUUGGCGGGUCGAUCGGCCUUAUUUUUGCCUUUGCCAAUGCAGUGGCUGUAGCCAUGUAUGUGGUGGGAUUUGCUGAGACCGUGGUCGACUUGCUCAAGGAGAACGAGGCCACCAUUAUUGAUGGUGAUAUAAAUGACAUCAGAAUCAUUGGAUGUAUUACAGUGGUGCUGCUGUUGGCCAUAUCAGUUGCUGGAAUGGAAUGGGAGGCCAAGGCACAGAUUGUUCUACUCGUUAUCUUGCUGGUGGCCAUAGGGAACAUGUUGGUAGGAACAGUCAUUCCUGCAACCAAAGAUAAAAAAUCCAAAGGCUUCUUCAAUUAUCAAUCAAACAUUUUCUUAGAGAAUUUUACUCCAGCUUUUAGAGGUGAUGAGACCUUUUUCUCAGUAUUUGCCAUUUUUUUCCCUGCCGCAACCGGGAUCCUGGCUGGAGCCAACAUCUCGGGCGAUUUGCGGGAUCCCCAAGGAGGCCUACCUAAAGGAACCUUGCUUGCCAUUCUGAUCACUGGUAUCACGUACCUGGUUGUGGCCCUUUGUGUAUCUGCCACUGUUGUCCGUGAUGCAACAGGAAACAUAACAGACCUCAUUACUCCUGGAAUACCAUGUAAUGGUUCAGCUAUAGCUGCUUGUGAGCUCGGCUACAAUUUCUCUUCCUGCGAACUGCAAAGUUGCAAAUUUGGCUUGAUGAACAACUUCCAGGUGAUGACCAUGGUGUCAGGCUUUGGCCCCCUCAUCACUGCUGGAACAUUCUCAGCUACCCUUUCUUCAGCCCUGGCUUCCCUUGUCAGUGCUCCCAAAGUCUUCCAGGCUCUGUGCAAAGACAACAUCUACAAGGCCCUGUAUUUCUUUGCCAAGGGGCAUGGCAAGAAUAAUGAGCCAAUCCGUGGCUAUGUCCUGACAUUUGUUAUUUCUGUGGCCUUCAUUCUCAUCGGUACUCUCAACACAAUCGCUCCUAUCAUCUCAAACUUCUUCCUGGCAUCUUAUGCACUCAUUAAUUUCUCCUGCUUCCAUGCAUCCUACGCUAAGUCUCCAGGCUGGAGACCAGGAUAUAAAUACUACAACAUGUGGCUAUCACUGCUGGGCGCAUUGCUUUGCUGUGUUGUUAUGUUUGUCAUCAACUGGUGGGCCGCUGUCCUCACAUAUGGCAUUGAAAUCCUACUCUAUAUUUAUGUCACAGUUAAAAAGCCAGAUGUGAACUGGGGUUCAUCCACACAGGCGGUGACAUUUGUGAGUGCAGUCAGCAAUGCUCUGUCUCUGUCUGGUGUAGAGGACCAUGUCAAAAACUUCAGGCCUCAGGUCUUAGCGCUGACAGGUUCAGUACGGACCAGACCGGCUCUCCUAGACCUGGCUCACUCCUUUACUAAGAACUAUGGACUCUGUCUCACCUGUGAAGUGUUUGUGGGCCCGAGAUCAGAGGUUUUCCAAGAAAUGAAUGCUAACAUAGAGAAGAACCAGCUGUGGCUUGGGAAGACCAAACGCAAGGCAUUUUAUGCUGGUGUGGCCUGUGACACUUUCAGAGAAGGGACUGAAAGACUACUGCAGGCUUCUGGUCUUGGCCGUAUGAAGCCCAACACAUUAAUGAUAGGCUUCAAGAGGAACUGGAGAACUGCGGGCGUAGAGGCAGUGCAGAGUUAUGUGGGAGUAUUGCAUGAUGCAUUUGACUUUGAGUAUGGGACAGUGAUGCUGAGGAUGAACCAGGGACUUGAUGUGUCACACCUUAUUGAGGCAGAAGAGGAGAUGCUAAAGGCAGUGAGGGAGCAACAGGCACUGGAGGAUGAGAUGAUGCCAAAUGGAGACAAAGCAAAGGGCCUGUUCAGGAAGUCCAGGAAACCCUCUCAGCAAGUGAUCACGACCAGAGUGUCAGUGUGCAGCCCUCCACCUCCGCAGGUUGCCAAGAUGAAUGAGAGACUGUUGGAAGCCAGCAUGCAGUUCAAGAAAAAGCAGCCUAAAGGCACCAUUGAUGUGUGGUGGCUGUUUGACGACGGAGGUCUUACCCUGCUACUCCCCUACAUCCUCACCACCAGGAAGAAGUGGAAAGAUUGUAAACUAAGGAUCUUCAUCGCAGGGCAGCCAGAACACAGUGACCUGGAUAAAGAAGAGAUGAAGUCUCUAUUGCAAAAAUUCAGAAUUAACUGCAGUGACAUCCAUGUCAUUGAUGACAUCCAUGUCAGACCCAGCUCUGAGAGCUUAAGGAAGUUAGGGGACAUGAUUGAGCCUUUCUGUCUGCACGAGGGUUCUAAAGACGCUGCUCAGGCUGAAGCCAUGCAGAGAGAUCAGCCCUGGAAAAUCACAGACAAAGAGCUGAACUCCUUUGAGGAGAAGACUAACCUCCAGGUACGACUGAAUGAGGUGAUUAAGGAAAACUCCAGAUCAGCCAACCUGAUCUUUGUGAGCAUGCCCAUUGCUCGUAAGGAAGCUAUCUCUGAUUUCCUCUAUAUGGCCUGGCUGGAUAUUCUAACAAAGGACCUUCCAACUACCCUGCUCAUUAGAGGCAACCAUAAAAGUGUGCUUACUUUCUACUCCUGAGCACCAUAAACAACAAAGUACUAGGAAUAAUGAGGAACCAUGUUCAUAAACCAUAUGAAGACCUCAUGCUGUGAUUGUCUGUCAGACCAAUACCAAAGUAUAACACAGUCCAGCAUUUGUAGUUACUGUAGGUCCGAAUGAAGGUAUUCAUACUCAGUUUCUCAUAUGAACAUAGAGUAGCUGAGCAACUGUUCCACUUGCAAAUUUAUAAAUGCUAAGCAAUAAAUAGAAGACAAAAACAAAAAUUGUUCACUUGGUGUACUUGAGAGUAAUGUAAUAAAAAAUCAUUUUCAGUCACAGUUAAAAUCUUGUUAAUAAUUUCCUAUUAGCUUGUUUUAUUGCUCCAUCUGGUAUGCACUAUUUCACAAGGACUGGUGACAAGUUGUGGUUUGGUAAGGAAUUAUUUGUACUGUGUGAAGUUGCAGCCAUGCUGACUUUUUUUUUAGCAUGAUACACUGAGAAGCUACCAAAGUAUACUGUUCUGCUGCUGGUGGUGGUCUAAAUAAACAAAAAUGCAUUUCCUGAAUGUCUGAAUAUGAAUUUUAGGAGCUUACGCUCUUCACAACCAUGGGCAGGUACAGAUAUGCAAAUAUAUUGCAGGACUAAACUCAGAAUCUUGGGUUAGAACGAAGCCAAAUCAAAUCUUCGUAACACAGUUUGAUCAGUUUGGUAAACACAGGCAGAGACAGAUUGGCUGCUUCCAGUGGUUACACUGAGUGACAAUAUUACCUGCCGCUACCUUUAUAUUCACUAAUAAAUAUUGUUGAGGAGAAACCUUUAAAAAAAACUAAUAGCAUUAUAUUAGUGACAUAUCAGUUCUUAAACAUUGGAAAUAAUCUCUUGAUUAAUUUUUAAAGUUACAUUCUUUGA